AUGUCCAGCCGAGGAAAUAAUUCGGCAGCUGCGCGGAAGACGCUGCUUGCCCCGAUUCAUUUCAUCUUCAAGCUUCUCCAGCAACGAUCUACGGUAUCUAUUUGGCUCUACGAGCAGCUUGCGUUCCGGAUAGAAGGCAAGAUUCGAGGGUUUGAUGAGUUCAUGAACCUUGUCAUCGACGACGCUGUCGAGGUCCGACUUGCUACAAAGACCGAAGAGGAAAAGCGGAGAAAUUUAGGCCAGAUCCUGCUGAAGGGUGACAAUGUGUCCUUGAUCCAAGCAAUACAAUAA